AAGAUUUACCAUUAAAUAUUUCACGUGAAAUGUUACAACAAAAUAAAAUUCUUAAAGUUAUUCGAAAAAAUUUAGUUAAAAAAUGUCUUGAAUUAAUGGAAGAAAUUUCAGAAGAUAAAGAAUCAUUUAAGAAAUUUUAUGAACAAUUUUCACGUAAUCUUAAACUUGGUAUUCAUGAAGAUUCAACAAAUCGUGCUAAACUUGCCGCUUUCUUACGUUAUCACUCAUCAACAUCAGGUGAUGAAGUAACAUCAUUAAAAGAUUAUGUAUCACGAAUGAAAGAAAAUCAAAAAGAUAUUUAUUAUAUAACUGGUGAAUCUCGACAAAUUGUUGAUCAAUCAGCAUUUGUUGAACGUGUACGUAAACGUGGUUAUGAAAUUAUUUAUAUGACAGAACCAAUUGAUGAAUAUUGUGUACAACAAUUAAAAGAAUUUGAAGGCAAAAAACUUGUUUCAAUUACAAAAGAAGGUUUAGAAUUACCUGAAGAUGAAGAUGAAAAGAAGAAACGUGAACAAGAUAAAGAAAAAUAUGAAACAUUAUGUAAAGUAAUGAAAGAUAUUUUAGACAAAAAAGUCGAAAAAGUUGUUAUCAGUAAUCGACUUGUUUCAUCACCAUGUUGUAUUGUUACAUCACAAUAUGGUUGGUCAGCUACCAUGGAACGUAUUAUGAAAGCUCAAGCUUUACGUGAUACAUCUACAAUGGGUUAUAUGGCUGCUAAGAAACAUCUUGAAAUUAAUCCUGAUCAUUCAAUUAUAAAAACACUUAAAGCUAAAGUUGAUCAAGAUAAAAAUGAUAAAUCAGUUAAAGAUUUAGUUACUUUAUUAUAUGAAACUUCACUUUUGGCUAGUGGUUUUGCUCUUGAAUUACCACAACAACAUGCUGAUCGUAUAUUUCGCAUGAUUAAACUUGGUUUAGGUAUUGAUGAAGAAGAUGCUACAGAAGAAAGUCAUACAGCGGCUGGUGAUUCAAGUACAGAUAUGCCACCACUUGAAACCGGUGGAGACAAUUCGGCUUCUGUUUCGGCUGAUGCCUCACGAAUGGAAGAAGUUGAUUAA